UCAUUCUAGUUUCGCUUUCGCUUUGUUUGCCGGUUUGCCACUUCAAAUCUCCCAAUUUUUAUAAAAUUACUUAUUGGAUAUCCUUGAAAAACUCUAUAAGUUCCACACAACGACAUGGCGGACCAGGAUGACUUCGAGGACAGCCAGUUUCCGGACAAUGACGAACUAAUUCCCUACGUUACAGCUGGUAAUUUAGCCCAAAGGAAUGGCGCGAAAGUUACACUUUGGGGAAAGGUUACAAAAGUAUCUGCAAGUGAAGGAUUCUACGUAAAAACAGUUGAUGAUCAAGAAGUCCUUGUGAAGCUGAGAAGACCUCUAAGCGAUGUUGUUGAGGGCUGGUAUGAAAUAAGUGGCGUCUCUCAAGGAAAGAGUAUCUUGUGUGAGGAAUAUGUCCCAUUCUCUGAAGAAAUGACCAAGAAUAUCGACACCGAAGGACACAAAGCAUUAGCGAAGCUGCUCUCUGCGCUUGAUGACCCUUGGAACCUUGGAGAUACUGGAUCGGGUGGACUGAAUGGCGUCACACCUAUGGAAUAGGUGUUACUUGGAGGUUAUUAUAAGUUAGGUUAAGUGUUUGUUAUAUGCUUUUGAUAAGUACUGUAUUUCAUAAUCCAUAAAGUGAUAUUUUGAUA